AUUAUAUAUAAAAAAGACCUUAUGGAUUAAAAAACUAAAGUAGAAGUACAUUAAUAAAAUAAUUAAGCAGGCUGAUCAAUGUGAUCAUCAACAUAAGUAUUUUAAAUAGAGUGUGCCCUUACAAUUGAGUUAAAUUAUCAAUAUUCGAUUAAACUAGCCUCGCUAAGAAGAACGUAGAUAUCAUUCAGAAACACUUAAAUAAGUAUGAAAUCUUAAGAAAAGUUAUUUAGUAAGCUAAAGCUUUUAACAUAAACAAAUGGCAAGAAAUGGUAGAUAAGGAAGAAUUAUACUAAAUGUCGUUGACUGGCCAUUUGAUCAAGGCAAUUCAGUUAUAAGAUGGGAAUGCCACCUUAAAUAAUCUAAUAAACGUUACAGAACCUUAUCUUCCAUUCUUGAGAAAGUAGAACGGAAAAAAUUUUACAGGAAUGGCUACUCGAACUGUGAAAGGAUGCCUGUCUGCUGUAGUUUUUAAAAGAAAUGAUGAAUCAACUUGGUCAGUAGAUGAAACUAAAGUAGAGGAAUUUAUUAGUUAAGCUAAUAAAAAGCUAUUUUAAUUCUUCGAGAAACUCAAGAAAAAUUUUCCAAUUUAUGAUAUUAUCAAAUCAGAAAGCAAUGGUAGGAAAACAAAAAAAAGAAUCAAAAUAGAGUAGAGAAGAGAUGAUGAUUAAUUCAAUGAAAGAUUUCAACCUGACUUUAAUUAAAAAUUAGAUCCUCAAGACAAUAUUAAAAUUGAGAAUCACUAUUAGAAUUUUGAUUAAAAUGCUAAUUCUAAAAUAAACUCAGAGUGGCACUAUUCAAUUAGUGAUAAUAUUUUUAAAAGUUUAUAUUGUUUGAGAUAAGGAGAAAAAAUAGAUGAUCAAUUCUUAGGUAAUUUGAUAGGAUUCUACAAUAUAAAACAUUAAUUAGAUAGAAUGUCUGAAUGCUAAAGAUAUAUUGAUUGA